GGUGCUCUCGUGACGUUUAAACUGAUAUUUUGCCUUCAUUUCCGCUGGAAAUAUUCAAAGUUUAUAUGAAUAGUGGAGGCUUUACAGAUAUUAAAUUCAGGAGUUACAGUUCAAUAUAGGGUCUGUAAGAAUUUAUAUUAUGGAAUGUCAAGAUAUUUAUGAAAACAGAAUUUAUCCUGAAGUUUUGUACCUGUUUAUCAAUAUAUGAAAAAAAAGUCCAAUCAGACUUACGAGUAUACGCGAAUAGAAACUUAACAUGUAAUUGUAAUGGCAAUAGUAGUGGCAAUGAACUCUACCACGACUCCAAAGUCAUCCCUGGCUAAGCUUGUUCUUUACCCAAAACCAAAACCUUUUAAAGUAAUGGUUCUCGGACAAUCUGGAGUCGGCAAGUCGGCACUUGUAGUAAGAUUUAUUACAAGACGUUUUAUCGGAGACUACGACCCCAAUUUGGAAAAAAUAUACGCAUUUCAGACUGUAAUUGACAACGAGAUGGUUUAUUUUGAAAUAUUAGACUCUGCGGGCGAAUCACAUGAAAGCGAGUAUGCGAACUUGGAAAGCAACAUUCGGUGGGCGGAGGCUUUUAUUCUCAUGUAUUCAGUAACGGACAAAUGCUCCUUCGACGAAUGCCAUCGGCUCAAAUUUCUCAUCAACUAUAACAAAAGGCGGCGAAGGCUCUCUUCUUCGAUAAAGGACGGCCCGCCGGAGACACCAGUGGUGUUGGUGGGCAACAAGGCGGACCAAGCCGGCGACCGCAUGGUGUCCACAGAAGAAGGCCAGCGGCGCAGCAAGGAGAUUGGCUGCGUCUGCUUCCACGAGAUCUCCGUUAGGGAAAGCAUUGAUCAGGUGUGGGGAGUAUUCCGUGAUGCCCGCAGAUUCUGGCGCGUGGGCAGCAAGUGGAGCCGCGGCCGGCCGGACGCCGACAUCCACCCGGCCGCGUUGGGCCGGCCGCUCGCUCGCGCUGUCUCCGACACUGCCUCGGAGACUGUCUCCACUCCCUCGGCCACAUUUGUACGUCGCUGGACCGAAGAAGAGUUAGAAGAGGAGGACGAAAUCGGCAUGGCUCGAAGCGACUCCACGUCGUCUUCUGGGAAGUCGGAGUGCCCGGAGGAAUUCCGCGCCCGCGCCAGCACAGACUCCCGGUUGCCCCCGCGCCCCGCGAGACCUCGCCACCCGCAGCCCGGCAGACCCCUACCCACUUCUGUGCGAAGGAUGAGCGUCGCAAUGAAAGGAAAUAACCCCAACACGUAUUGAAUUAUUUUUCGUCAUUUUAUUUCAUACUUAAAAUGUUUUUUACUACGUGACGAUGUUUCCAAUAGUGAAUAAGUAUCUACUGGUCAUGCGCAACUUUCGACACCCGCAGUCCAGUAGGCCUCAACUGAAUUCUGUGCGGGCGGAAAAACAGCGUCGCCAACUGCAACUGCUGUCAUGUAGGUAGUAAAGAGGUAAAAAAUUACCAAUGUAAUCAAAGAUAUCACAUAAAUUUUGGUAUUUCGAUUUUUAUAGUAUAACCAGAUAUACAAACGUUCACUAAACACCCUAUCCAAAUUCACUACAAAUUCGCUUUUAUUAACUAGUCAUAGAGCUCCAUGCAGGGUAACAUGAUAUGCGGUUGACUUUACCCUAUUUUGGCGCAGCGAACUUUUAUAUUUUGCCCCAGAAAUACGAAAAAUCCAAAAUAGGAUGCAAUGCCUCGAUCGAGUGCUAAGUUUAUUAGAUACUCACUUCAUUUUCUCAAUUCCAUCUUUUCGCAUUCAUGUCGCACGCAGUUCAUGUUCAUUGUGAAUUUGGUAACGAGCUUCCAAAAUAAAACGAAUUACGUAAUAUAGAAAAGAUAAAUAGAUUCAUUUAUACAUAUGUAAGUACCUACCGCGUAUAAGUAAAUAUUUUAUCAGAGUACAUAACCGUUUAUAUCAAAUCAAUAUUACAUUUACGUUGUUGCUUGUAAUAAAAUUUUAAAAGCUUUUCCAAAGCUUUCACCUGUAAAGAUAAAAGUGUUAUUCGCUACAUGAGGUAACUGAACUCUCUGUGAAAUGAAUUCGUUAUGUUCGUGUAACUUGGGUAGUACUCGUAUGUAUAUACCUAAUGAAAACGCUGUGAAAUCAAAUGAAACAAAUUUGUAAGUAUAUAAUAUACUUUGAUUGCUUUCUUUACUUAUACGCCGAAAUACAUUUUUCAAUUAUAAUUAACCAAACAAGGUGUAUUAAAUUUUUGUAAUCCCCUUGAAAAACCCCACAGUUCAAACCCGUAGUCCUCUGUUUACACUGGCUUCAUCGCAGUCGGAAAAAAAUUACAUUACUGUUGUUUAUAUUCAAAUUUUUGGAUGGCCAUUAAGCGAGGUGUGGGAUCUU